AUGGAGUCCUCACCAGUAACCGUUACGAUCUCGGCCCUGGACGCAGGCCACCUCACACUGCCAGAGCGAUUGUUCGUUACCGACGCUGACUCCGAGAAGCGUACCACUGUCCCGUCUCUCUCCUUUCUCAUUCAACACUGCGCUCCUGGAAAAACAAGACCUACUCGGAUGUUAUUCGACCUUGGGGUAAAACGAGAUAUCGAAAGAUACACCCCCUCUCAGCAAGCACACAUUGCUGAACGACAACCUGUUAUUGUAUCUCCAGACUGCAGGGAGAGCCUGCUAUCUGGCAGUGCCACCAUCACUCCGAAAGAUAUCGACCUAGUGAUGCUAAGUCAUGUACACUGGGAUCACGUUGGCACACCGUCAGACUUUUCCUCGGCCACCUUCCUCGUUGGUGCCGGCACCCUGGAUCUCCUCAAAAAUGGGGACGGCCCGCUCUACCCAGCUGAUCUCUUCAACGACGACGAGUUGCCGUCCGAUCGAACAAUAGAACUACCGCCUGUUUCCCUGUCCGGGGUUGGAAGUGGUCGGCCCCAAAGGACACGGCCAUCAGACUCAGCACUGGCUCGCAUCGCGCCCUAUUUAGAUGCUGAUAUCUGGACCUGGAGGCCUCGAUUCACCUUUUCGUCCACGUUGGAUUUGUUCGGGGAUGGGUCUGUCACGGUCAUUGACACCCCAGGUCAUCUCCAUGGACAUGUCAAUCUGCUUUGCCAGGUUGCCAACUCAAAGUAUGUUUACUUAGGAGGCGAUUGCUGCCAUGACCCACGUAUUCUGGCAGGAGACAAGGGGAUUGCAAUGUAUCCGGAUGGAAGGGGAGGGCUGAGAAGUGUGCAUGUUGACACCGGGGCUGCCGCCACCUCGCUUGACAGAAUCAGAGACUUUGUUGAAAGCUGUCAACGGCCUGUUGAGACAGAAGUGGUUGUCGCUCACGACGGAGCCUGGAGGGAAAGAAACAAACACCGGUUCUGGCCGGGAAAAUUGUAG